CGUACCGGAAGGUGGAAGAUGGUGGACAUGUUGAGGAUUCGUCUGCUUGGGAAAACUUUUCCAAGGCAAACAAGGGUUGCAUUUUGGUCAUCAGGCCCUAAAAAGACAGUGAACAAGGCACCACUCCAAGGAAGGAAGAUCUCAGAGAUAACAGCAACACAUACUAAUUAUGACCAUUUUAGUUGGUUAAAUAAAUUUGGACCAUGUUAUCCGGUUCAUGGCGACAAAGUGUUAGUAUUAACAGAACCCACACAAUAUUUUGAAGUUCUCAAGUUGAAGAUCAAAAAGGCUAAAAAGAGAGUAAUACUAGCCUCGCUUUAUUUAGGAACAGGAAGUUUAGAAGAUGAAUUGGUUGAUUGUUUACAGGAAGCAUGUGCCAAUGCUGCCAAAGAAGGUAAUGGUAACUUCAAAGUUCGUGUUUUGAUAGACUAUACCAGAGGAUCAAGAGGAAAAGAUAAAAGUUCAAGAACUAUGUUACAACCAUUGUUAUGUGAAUAUGGUGGAAAUGUUCAGAUUGCUUUAUAUCACACACCAGACUUGAGAGGUUUAUUAAAGAAGAUAGUCCCAGAAAGAUUUAAUGAAACUAUUGGUUUAACACAUAUUAAAGCUUAUAUCUGUGAUGAUAGUGUUAUGAUUAGUGGAGCUAAUUUAAGUGAUAAUUAUUUUGUUAAUAGACAAGAUAGAUAUAUAUUAUUUAAUGAAUGUGGAGACUUAGCCGAUUUUUUUGAUAAAAUGAUACAGACAGUAUCCAAGUUUUCUUUCCAGUUAAAACCAGACAACUCGGUCACACUUCAUCCAAACUGGUCUCUACAUCCGUUUAAAGACAAUGAAGUGAUGUUCAAAAGUGAAGCCAAAGAACAAAUUUUAAAAAUCUUAGAAAAUCAAAAACUUCCAGCAGAGGAUGUGUCAUUCAGUCCAGCUCGGAUAUUCAAAAGACACACUAAACAAAGGAAAUAUAUAAGUUUACCAAGACAUUCCAGUUACACUAAAAAUGGAAACAGUAUUAAUACUAAUAGAACUCAAGAUAAACCCCAUGAUACUUGGGUAUAUCCUUUAAUACAAAUGGGACCUUUUGGUAUUAUAUUUGAUGAAUAUGCAACAUUAUCGUUGUUAAGAGAAGCAGCUGUAGGUGAUGAGAUAUUACUGGCAUCAGGGUAUUUUAAUUUAACUGAUCAUUAUCUCCGGGUUAUACUUCAACAAUCUUUUGCCAGAUAUAAAAUACUUAUGGCAUCUCCUGAGGUAAAUGGUUUUUAUGGAGCAAAGGGUAUAGCAGGAUCUAUACCAGCAGCCUAUAUACAUAUAGCUAAACAGUUUUAUAAUCAGUUAAUGAAAUAUGGUCAAACACAACGAAUACAGAUGUGUGAAUAUUAUCGUCAGGACUGGACAUUCCAUGUCAAAGGUUUAUGGUAUUAUUUACCUAACCAGGCACUGCCAUCUUUAACCCUUGUUGGCUCACCUAAUUUUGGUUAUCGAUCAGUUUAUAGAGAUUUAGAAUGUCAAACAGCUAUUGUUACAGAUAAUACAAGACUUCAAGAACAGUUACGACAGGAGCAUGUUCGACUUUACCAAUCAUCCAACCCUGUAAAAGAAGAUUUGUGGAAAAGAAGAGAUCGUCAUGUCCCUACUUGGGUGAAACUAGUCACUUCAGUGAUUAAAAAUUUCUUUUGAACUUGUGAUAAUAGAUGUACUGAACUACAACAAUCCCGGUCUUUUAAAUCCAUGGUAUUUUAAAUCCAUACAAGGUUAAGAGGGACUUUAACCGAUUAGUGAGAAUGAGUGUGCACUGUGAAUAGAAGUUGGUGUUUUAAACUUGAUGUAAUUUAUAUAUAUUUUAUACAAAUAUAUUGAUAAGAAAUGAAUGAGAUGAAAUCAGAUGGUAGAGAGAAAAUAUUAAAGUGAAUUAUAUCUUCCUGCCAUGAUUUAUUUUCAUAGACAUUGUUUAUAUGGUAACUCUCACUUGUAUGUAUACUUUACAAAGGAUUAUUCAGCUAAUAGAUAUUUUUAUAGAAUACAAACUAUUUACUAUGCAAUACAUUGAAAUUUUUUUACUAUAAAGAAUUUUGAUUAUUGCUCAGAGAGAGAGGGGGUAAGGGGAGAUUAAAUCCAGUUAUUAAUGUAUGAAUUUAUUAUUUAUUUGUUUAUUUUAAAUAAAGAUGUUAGUUUUUUUUUAAAACCGUAC